AUGUGGCCGUUCGAGGUCAAUAAAUCGGCGUUGAUGCGUGGUAGGCUGGCCAUCUGUCACAUGUCUUCCCAUUCGAAGAGUAAGGGUAAAUCAGCGUUGGUGUGUGGUGGACUUGCCAUCUGUCAUAUGUCUUCGUUGGACUCUAGGCUACCAGAGGAUAACUGUAGAAACUCGUUUAUUGGUGUUAUCUGUUGA